AUGUUUUCAGAAGAAAUUUAUAAUUCACUUCAUAAUACAAAUUUAACAAUUGAAAAAGAUAGAAAUAAUAACUCAACAAUUAGUACCAAAGGAAAACCGAAAAUAGAUAAGCAGACGAAUAAUAAAAAUGAAUCUUACGAAACUGUUGUUGUUGCUGCUCCUAUUGCAUCCUCAAAAGAGAAGAAGAAUGUCAAAAUAGCCGAUACUAAAUCGUCUAUUGUUUCCGAAUCAAGUGGAACCAAUACCUUGAAACGUAAACGAGAGACUAAAUCACCCGUAAAGUGUGCAGAUUCACAACUCGAACAAGAGUCGAGUAAGAAGCAACAAAGUGGCAGCAGUCAGACAACAACAGCAACAAUUUUAGUAUCAAAAACGAAAACGAAGUCCGGACUUCCAAUGCUUUUGAAAAAAUGA